AUGCGUACCCCCAUCCCGCUGGCCUUGUUUCUGCUGGUGGUGGUACUUAUACUCGUGGGCAUAGAUGAAGUGGCGUCAAAUAGCAAAUCGGGAAAUAAUAAGAAGAAUGCAAAGAACGCCAAGGUGGGCAGCGGAAGUAAGCAAGGUAAACAUGAUGGUAUGAGUGGAAAGGGAAGCCAAAAAGGGAAUAAAAAAGAUCCGGGUGGGGGAGGUGGUACUCCGAAAGGACAAAGUAGAGGAUCCGAACAGGGAAAACAAAAAAACAGAAAAGGAGACGACAGUCAUUUUGAUGAAUAUAUACAAGACAUGAGAAACAAUCAAGACGAAGAAAAUUUCAUGGAUGAACUGAACAAAUUUGAAAAAAAUUUUCAUGAUGAAGAUUUAGAGAAUUCCGAAAAUCUUUUUGAUAACUAUGGCAAGGGAGGAGCAUAUGAUGACGAGUUCAACAACAAUGACGAGUUCGAUAAUGGAAAUUACAACAAAAUGAGACCUGAUGCAAAUGAUUACCAAUAUUUUGAUAACGAUGAUAUUAUUGAGGGGGAUGAUGAAUUGACAAACAUAUGGAACAAAAAUAUGCAAAAUUUUGAGCCAUCUACUUUGCUAACAUUUGAAAUUCAAGGAAAUUCAGAAGAAUAUCUUUUUGAGGACAUAACUAAUUUGAACACUUAUUUUCGAGGAGUGUUUUACACCAAUAAUGAAUCCGAUGAUAAUAAAAUUUUGUUUUUUAUUACCGAUCCUCAUGGACAAAUAAUUUACAAGAAAGAAGCAGUGGAAGGGAUUUUUUACUUUUACACACAGCAAAUUGGGGUCUAUACAAUCACUUUGAAAAAUAGCAAAUGGAUGGGAACAAAAAUCACAACGGUUGCCCUUGGGUUGGGAGAAAACCCCUCGUUAAAGUCGGAACACAUAAAAGACUUUACCAAUUAUAUCGACAAAAUUGUUGCUGAAACGAUAAGGUUAAAGAACGAAUUGAAGUAUUUAUCUUCCAAGCAUAUGGCGCAUAUUGAGAAAAUGAAAAAAAUCACCAACAAGGCCUUUCUCUAUUGCUUCAUUAAAUUGUUUGUGCUCAUCUUUUUGUCCCUCUUCACCAUCUACUACAUCAAGAAUUUGGUCUCCAACAAGCGCGUCCUCUGA